UGACCCACUCUCCCAAAUCAUCCACAUUUUCAAUUUAUUAUUUACCUUCCUUUUAAAUGCACACUUGCUUCUCCCUUGGAAUUCAUCUACUGCUCAGCUCUUCCUUUCUUUCUAGCCUUUUCUUCAACUUCAUAUUCGCAUUUGAAGCUCUUCCUUUCUCCACUGCUAAUUGUUAUGCACUGGGCUUUCUUCAGAAUUCGUUGCUCCUAAAGGGAAAACCUACAAUGACGACGAUUUCUUCCAGUACAUUCCUGGGUGUUGCGGUUAUCUUUGGUCUUGUUUUUGCUAGUAUGUCACCCUAUGUUGAGGCACAGUCUGCGUCUCUAGCUCCUUCUCCCACUAGUGAUGGAACUUCAAUCGACCAAGGGAUUGCUUACGUGCUGAUGGUGGUGGCACUUGUGCUCACAUACCUCAUCCACCCUUUAGACUCAUCUUCCUACACCUUCUUCUAAAUCAUUAUAAACCAAAUUGCUUUGUUGAUAAUAUAUAUUAAAAUCGCUUUCUUUUUCUGGGUGAUGGGUUUAUAAUGUUUCCUGUUAUUUAUUAUGAUUAUAAUUUUGCUUCUUCUUCUA